AUGAAGGAAUACUAUGGUUACUCUACUACCUUCUUUGGCAUUAUGAAUACUCUUUUCCUGGUAUUUUAUGCUAUUGGUAUGUUCUUCACUGGACCGCUAGGGGACAUUUACCGUCCUGUUAGAGUCUACUUCCUAAUGGCUGCGCUCUGUUGUGUCACUCAAGUCAUCUUCGGUGGAAUGGUUGAUUGGGCAACGCAAAGUGGAUGGUAUUAUUUUUAUUACGUAGUGUGGGUUGUCAACGCCGUUUUCCAGUCCGGAUGUUGGCCGGCCUCAGUUGUCAUAGUCGGUCAGUACUUCCUCCCCAAGUAUUACGGCACAGUCUUUGGUAUAUGGUCUAAUAACUCCAACGUCGGCAACAUCCUAGGAGCUGCUAUGUGCACACUAAUGAUUGGGAUAUUUGGAGUUAUUUCUGAUUAUUGUACAUCUAAGUGCGGAGAUUCCUGUCGAGCCCCGCCCAUGUUCGGGUUCCUGGUCCUGGCCAUCGUACCUAUCGCCAUGCUACGUGCCGACCGUCCUUCAACCCUCUAUCUCACCCUUACUGUGUUCGCCUGUGGCUUCCUGGUAGGAUCAGUCGCGAAUGUCCUGUCGAGUGUCGUAUGUGCUGAUCUUGGCCGUAAGUUGCCCAAGAAAGCAGUAGCACAAGUAUCUGGUAUUAUCGAUGGGGUAGGAGCUAUCGGAGGCGCUCUAAUGCAGCUAGUGGUCACAGUUAUCGCCCAGUAUUCCAGCUGGGGUUAUGUCUUCAUUGUAUUGCCAAUCGCUUUGGCCCUCAGUGCUAUCAUUCUCGCUAAGUUGGCGUAUGAGGAAACCAUCCAUUUUGUUAGACAACUAUCACGUUCACCUAGGCUUUCCAUGGCAUCUGCGGGUGUUCUAUGA